CAAGUGGUCUUGCUUCGCCGAGCUUGUCGAAAGUAUCUUCUUACCGAGCACAUAGGAUUUGUUUAAUGCGUCCUCACAUAUUUGAUCUGAUAUCCUGUUGACAAUACAGCAUUUCGCAAUCAUUUGGUUCUGCGCUGCAGCUGCGUGCAAUCAUAUGUUGCAUGUAAAUAAAAACAAAAGGAAACACUCAUGAAAUUUCCUCAAGCUGAGGGUCGGUGCCUGUAAUUCCGGAAAGCAACCAGUAUAUCAUUGAGCGCAGGCAUGGACAUGCUUUUUGAUGCUUACCUGACCCACGAGUCUCUGCAAUGCGAACCGGAUGACAUUCCUUGCACCUCGGAUCCUGUCUGGAUACUGGGAAAGAAAUACGAUGCAAACAAAGAACUGGCAGCUAUACGGAAGGAUAUCACUUCGAGAUUAUGGUUCACCUACAGAAAAGGAUUUGUUCCCAUUGGUGAUUCUGGAAUCACAACUGACAGAGGAUGGGGCUGCAUGCUCAGAUGCGGCCAGAUGGUGAUUGGACAGGCCCUACUCUUCAUGCAUCUAGGCAGGGACUGGAGGUGGGAUCACGAACAAAGAAACCAAAAAUACAUUUCAAUUUUGAGCAUGUUUGAGGACAACAAAUCAGCGAACUACUCGAUACACCAAAUCGCCCUUAUGGGAGCCUCCUCGGAAAACAAAGAGGUGGGUCAGUGGUUUGGACCUAACACCGUAGCUCAAGUCAUCAAGAAACUCUCUCCUUACGACCAGUGGAGCUCUCUUGAAGUUCACGUCGCGCUGGACAAUACUUUAGUGAUAGGAGAUUUAAAGCGACUGUGUUUAAAGCAAAACAAGUGGAGCCCGCUGCUGCUCUUCCUGCCAUUACGCCUAGGUUUAAGUGAAAUCAAUCCGAUCUAUGCAGAGAGCAUCAAAAAGUGCUUUUCAUUCCCUCAAUCGCUGGGCGUGAUAGGUGGGAAGCCAAACCACGCCAUGUAUUUCAUUGGCUGCGUCGGGAACGACCUGAUCUGCCUGGAUCCGCACAAGACGCAACAAGCUGUGAGGGUAACCAAGGAGUGCAGCAAAGAGGAUGACAUGUCCUUCCAUUGCCAGUUUGCUACGCGGUCUCCAAUUUUGGACCUUGACCCUUCAAUGGCGAUUUGCUUCUUCUGCGCAACAGAGAGUGAUUUGGACAAGCUGUGUCAGCUCUUGCACGAUAAUUUGGUGGUAAAUGAAAAACAACCACUUUUUGUGAUUUGCUCUGAGAGGCCUCAUGAUCUUUCAUUGAGUACAAUGAAAGCCAUGGAAGAUUCAAAUAACUUCUUCAAUCAAGUUGAUGAAGGAGAUUCUGACGAUGAGUUUGAAAUGCUGGGAUGAAGUUUUGGUUCGGCGUUGUCGUGGGUAUAAUAUAAUCACAAUGUUUCCAAUGAAAAAUUUCAAUAAAUUAUUUUUACUCUAUAUAUUACCAGA